AUGCGACAGGAGAGGCGUCGGCGGCGUAGGUGCCCUCGUCAAUAUGCACUUGAUCAUGAACAUCGGUUCGUACGAAAGCUUAAUAGCCCGAAUCGGACGUUUGCGAUUAGGAAGAUGUUACGAAGAAUAGCCCUAACCAUCUUCGUUGCCUACGCGCCAACAUCAAGCUACGAAGAAGAGGACUUGGAAGCGUUCUAUAUGGAUCUGGAGAGGUUUUACAGAGAAGACCAUACAUUCUUCAAGGUCGUCGUUGGUGAUUUCAACGCCAAGAUGGGCCCCAGAAGAACGGCUGAAGAACCCUACAUCGGAUCUCACAGAAUGGAAAGGAAUGAGUAG